GAGUGUGGAGCCACAGUCAAAACGCUCUUUGAAGCUCUGUGCGUAAUGAGAAGGCUGUCUUCUCAGACUUCAGCAGCGCAAGACGUCACACCUGUUUACUUUACCUCUUUGCUUUUACUGGCAGUUGCCUAACUUCGUGCAUAAAGAGGACUAAAACAUGGGUAAACAGCAUCAACAUCCAAACCUGGUCUUCGUAUUAAUCGAAUAUAUUUUGCUCGACUUUAUAUGAUAUAUCUCUUUCAUAACCUCAUGAAAUGAGUUAACUUUUAUUUUGGAUAAGUAAUACCAAAUACUUUAUUGAAUAAUGACUUGGUUUUGGAACUAAUAGAUUUUUUUAAGGGAACUCUCUUGAGGCUAUUUUAAAUGUAAAGUCUAUGUCUGAAAUGAAUUACUCCUCCAAGUGAAGUGUACAGAACUAAACCAUGGAAAAUGUUACUUUAAAUCCAGAUAACCAGACGCUUGGUCCAUGGACUGAUUAUAGCAUGGAAUACAAAGUGGUCAGCAUAUUUUUUGUGAUCCUCAUCUGUGGGAUAGGAAUGGUUGGAAACGUUAUGGUGAUACUAGUUGUUCUUACAACCAAACACAUGCGGACACCCACCAACUGUUACCUGGUGAGUUUGGCGGUGGCCGACCUGAUGGUUCUGACUGCGGCGGGACUGCCGAAUAUUACAGAGAGUUUGUAUGGAGGAGGCUGGGUGUACGGAUACGUCGGGUGCCUUAGCAUAACUUAUUUCCAGUACUUGGGCAUCAACGCGUCUUCAUGCUCCAUCACCGCUUUCACCAUUGAGCGGUACAUAGCCAUCUGCCACCCCAUAAAAGCGCAGUUUAUGUGCACUCUGUCAAGAGCAAAGAAAAUCAUACUGGUCGUUUGGGCUUUUACCUCGCUCUACUGCGCAUUGUGGUUUUAUCUGUCUGACACGAAAGAGUUGAUUUACGACAAUAUUACCUUGGUCUCAUGCGAAUACAAAGUGUCAAGAAAUCUUUACCUGCCAAUCUACUUCACUGACUUUGCCGUGUUCUAUGUGGUGCCUCUCAUGCUAGCCACUGUUCUGUAUGGAUUUAUCGCCAGAAUUCUUUUCCUCAACCCAUUGCCGGCAGACCCCAAGGAAAAUACUAAAAAGUGGAAAAAAGAAUCAUGCCAAGGAAAUAGGAUGAUGAGCACCAACAAUUCAUCCUGUAGCACAACUGCCCGCUCUCGCAGGCAGGUGACUAAGAUGUUAGCUGUGGUGGUGGUACUCUUCGCCCUCCUUUGGAUGCCCUACCGGACGCUGGUGGUGGUAAACUCCUUCCUGGACAAGGCUUACCUGGACCACUGGUUCCUACUCUUCUGCCGCAUCUGCAUCUACCUGAACAGCGCCGUCAACCCUGUCAUCUACAACGCCAUGUCUCAGAAGUUUCGCACUUCCUUCAAGAAAUUGUGUCACUGCGGUCCGCAGCGAUUGGAAAAGCCGGCGUCUUACAGCGUGGCCCUGACCUACAGCGUCAUCAAGGACACAACCAAUGGAGAGAGCCCUGAACACUUUACUACCGAGAUGGAUGAGUUGGCCACGCCCACACCCAGUGACCAGUUCCUGCCCAGCACCAAGAGGAUGUCAUUCGAGGACCCCUCUCUGUCAGGCAGGGUUGCCCUUAGCACUCCCUGACGGAAAAAGUAAAUCCAUUCAGGCUCUAGUUUGUGAAUUCUAUUCUAUAAUUCAUUUUUUUGCAGAGGAAUUGAUUUAAUAUUUGAGCAGUACAACGGCAAACAUUAAAUACCAAAAAUGUGUUGUUAAUAGAGGAAGGAAUGCUUAAUUUCUUUAUCUAGCAUGGUGAAAAUAUAUUCUCCCCUCUCUGUAGCCAUCUUAGCACAAAGCACCCAAUUAUAGGCAUUGUUUAAAUCCGUCCUAACAUUGUGUGACACACAGAUUUAAUUUGCGAGGUAAUACUGCUUUCACUGCUUUCACAUACUGAGCAACAGUUUCCGUCUCUGUAAAGUGUUUUCCUACGAAGGAAAAAUAACAAGGGAAAGAUGUUAUCCCUCUUUUUUAUCUGGAGAAGUCUAGGCCAGGUACUCAGUGUGUGUGUGUGUGUGUGUGUGUGUGUGUGUGUGUGUGUGUGUGUGUGUGUGUGUGUGUGUGU